UAACUUUUAACACUGAGAUACCGAUCUCUACGUCGGUAUUAUCCAUGUUUGUAUUACGUGUGUUUGUAAUUGUGUGGAUUGUAUGUGGAUGUUAGCUGGAGUAGUGUUAGUCGAAAUGUGUAGUAUGUAGCUUUGGUAUUGGAGUGUACUGUUAUUGUGUAAGAAUUCACAGUUAUGGAACAAGUGUUUGAGUAAAAGUAACUGACAUAAAGUUAUAAUUAAUGUUACAUUGGGGACUGUAAAACGUUUGCGGUGUUGGUCUUUCGUAAAAGUUUAGAGUCGUUAAUUCUUUAGUUUUCGUGGAGUCCUUUUAUAUGAUGUCUACCUCAAACCUUCACGUUGACAGAGAUUUAGACCUUUCAAAUGCAGGCAGAGGUGUCUGGCUUGUCAAGGUUCCAAAAUACAUUGCAAACAAAUGGGAGAAAGCACCUGGUAAUAUUGAAGUUGGGAAACUAAAAAUAUCAAAGAAUCCUGGGCAGAAGGCACAGGUGUCGCUAACGUUAUCAGAGUCUGUGCUGUGCUUGAAGGAACCUGGGGAGGAGAACAUUCCACGUGAUCACCGCCUCGAUGUUUCUACAGUUACCCGCCAGACACUAGGCAUCUUCUCUCAUAUCACACCCUCAAACUCAGAUUCCGUGGUGCCAGAAACUGAAAAACUCAGUAUGGAAGGCAGAAUCGUGCAGAAGUUGGAGUGCCGACCUUAUGCGGAUAGCUGCUACAUGAAGUUAAAAGUGGAGACUAUUCGCAAAGCCUCUGUUCCUGUGAGGCAGGUUCAGCAACUUGACAGGAUAGUUCAGAACUUCAAACCUGUGUCAGACCACAAGCAUAACAUCGAGUAUGAAGAGAAAAAGAAGGCAGAAGGUAAAAAGGCUCGUGAUGACAAGGACAGCGUACUUGAGAUGCUGUUUGCUGCCUUUGAGAAGCACCAGUACUACAACAUUAGAGACCUCGUGAAGAUUACCCGUCAGCCAAUUGUGUACCUGAAGGAGAUCUUGAAAGAAGUGUGCAACUACAACCUUAGGAAUCCUCACAAGAACAUGUGGGAGCUGAAGCCUGAGUAUCGCCAUUACAAAGAGCCAGAACCGGCUCCCGCAUCCUCAGACGACUGAGUGCACAGCCUUCUUCUUACAUUUUGUGUUAUACAAAUGGCUCAGUAAGUUGCAGUAUGACUUCAGUACAACCAGAAUGUUGUUAUAAUAGAUUUGUUUACAUUUUUAUGUGCUAUAGUAAAAACUAUUGGAGAGGUUCCAAUCUUA